UCCGGAAUAGGUUUUGGUCUCCUCUUUGCGACGUACAACCGCCGCGAGUUUCGACGAGCACGGAGCUCGGAGCUCAUUCAAACAAAGUUACAGCGCGUCUGUUGACCUGACGUUAAGCUCACAUGUUAGCCGCUGCGAUGGUUUCUCUGAAGCGGGAAAGAGAAGUCGACGUGGACGACGACGAUAACGAAGACAGAGUGGCAGCCAAAACAAGCCGUGGGCGUGUGGUAGAAGACCGGAGAAGCCGUCACUGUCCGUACCUCGACACUAUAAACAGGAGCGUGCUGGACUUUGACUUUGAGAAACUCUGCUCCAUCUCUCUCUCACACAUCAACGUCUACGCCUGCCUCAUAUGUGGGAAAUAUUUCCAAGGUAGAGGUCUCAAGUCCCAUGCUUACACUCACAGUGUGCAGUUUACCCAUCAUGUGUUCCUCAAUCUGCACACUCUGAAGUUUUACUGCCUGCCAGACAACUACGAGAUCAUUGACUCUUCACUAGAGGACAUCACGUAUGUGUUGAAGCCAACUUUCACCAAGCAGCACAUCGCAGGGCUGGACAAGCAGGGUAAACUGUACCGAGCCUAUGAUGGUACGACCUACUUGCCAGGCAUUGUCGGGCUCAACAACAUCAAAGCCAAUGAUUACGCCAAUGUGGUGUUACAGGCUUUUUCCAAUGUUCCACCUUUGCGGAACUACUUCCUGGAGGAGGAAAACUACAGGGGGAUCCGCAGGCCACCGGGAGAUAUCAUGUUCCUCUUGGUGCAGAGGUUUGGUGAGCUGAUGCGCAAACUUUGGAAUCCGAGAAACUUCAAGGCCCAUGUGUCUCCCCAUGAGAUGCUGCAGGCUGUGGUGCUGUGCAGCAAGAAGAACUUUCAAAUUACCAAACAAGGAGAUGCUGUGGACUUCAUGACGUGGUUCUUGAAUGCUCUGCAUGGUGCACUUGGAGGCACAAAGAAAAAACCAUCAAUCAUUACAAAAGCAUUUCAAGGCUCCAUGCGGAUCUUCUCCAAGAAACUUCCACACCCAGAUUUACUACCAGAGGAGAAAGAAGCAUUGCUUGUUACAGAGGAGUACCAGGAGCAGAUGUCUGAGUCCACCUUCCUGUUCCUGACCCUUGACCUCCCAACAGCUCCACUGUACAAGGAUGAGAAGGAGCAGCUCAUCAUCCCACAGGUCCCUCUGUUUAACAUCCUGGGCAAGUUCAAUGGCAGCACAGAGAAGGAAUACAAAACCUACAAAGAGAAUUUUCUCAAAAGGUUCCAGCUGACCAAACUGCCUCCUUACCUCGUCUUUUGCAUCAAAAGAUUCACCAAGAACAACUUUUUUGUGGAAAAGAACCCCACAAUUGUCAACUUCCCUAUCACGAACGUAGACCUUCGGGAGUACUUGACAGAAGAAGCUCAAGUUACAGAGAAGAACACAACUUAUGACCUCGUCGCUAACGUAGUGCAUGAUGGGAAACCCACCGAGGGAGCGUACAGGAUACAUGUUCUGCAUCAUGGAACUGGGAAGUGGUAUGAGAUGCAGGACCUGCAGGUGACCGACAUUCUCCCCCAGAUGAUCACACUCUCAGAGGCCUACAUCCAGAUCUGGAAGAGACAAGAGAGUGAUGAUGACACAAACAACCACACAGGGGCGUAAGUGAGGCAGGAUUUUCUUGAGCGCGAAUAGCCAGACGUGCAGUCACUAUUGUGGAAAUGAACUGGGUAUUUAAGUGAUCAAAAGUAACAACAGAAUAUAACACGAGUGUGUUAAGAGUGCAUUGGGACUUUUUCUUUACACCUACAAAAAAAUAAAUGUCUGUUUUUUUUUCACUGUUAUAUCUUUUUACUAUGUGGAAGUUUCUAAAUAAACAAACACACUUCA